AUGAGUUUAGUAAGCGUCACAAAUCGAAUGACCUACCGUGCAGCUGUUGUUGAUCUGGAUGGCACCCUGUUAAAUGAGAAUCACCGUAUCAGUGCUUACACUCUCGAUACCAUCCAAAAGUUAUUAAAGCGCAAUAUUCCUGUUGUUAUUGCUACGGGCCGCCCACAUCCCGAUGUCUUUCACACAAUAAAAAGCUGUGGCCUACAGGGAACCUAUGUGAUUACUUCCAAUGGUGCACGUGUUAGUGACCCGCAGCUUAAUGUCAUUGCCUCUUUUAACCUUAGCGAAGAUGUGGUGUCGGAGCUAAUUGGGCUCGGAUCAUCUGGGGAGGACAUUCAGGACCCAAAAGAGGUACCGUACACAGUUAAUUUGUUUCAACACGAUGAGUGGGUAACAGAUGCUGCAAGGGAUGAGUUGCUUCUAAUGUUUGCUUCUUCCGGUUUCCAUUACAGAGUAGUGGAUGACUUGCAGGCCCACCAAAAGGAUGGUGUGCAUGAGCUUGUCUUCUUGGCACAACCAAAUACUUUGCAUUUGCUGGAGGGAGUUGUGAAGAAGCGCUUCGAGGGCAGGAUCUCCGUCAUGCGCUCCACAUCAAUUACACUCGAUGUUGUCCACCACAAUGCAAAUAAAGCUACUGCUAUGGCGAAGGUGGCUGAACUUCUGGGUUUGGAACUGAAGGACAUUGUUUCCUUUGGGGACGGCAUGAAUGAUGUCCAAAUGCUUGCUGCCGCUGGAAAGGGUUAUAUCAUGGGAAAUGCACAACAACGUUUAAAAGAUGCCCUUCCACAUCUGGAGGUUAUUGGCACCAAUGCGGAAGACAGCGUGGCGAAGAAACUUCGCGAACUGUUCAAUAUUGAAGACUAG